AUGUGUGGGAUCUCGGCCUGUAUAUCCCUUAAGCAGGGGCAGCAUUUUCAUACCGAAGCACUAAAUGGGUAUGCUAAUGGAACCGAUAAAAAAGAGGGUGUUCAGGGCAACAGUCCAAGUAGUGUUGCUCAGGAUCUGACGGCUCAGCUGAAAAAGAGCCUCCAAGCGAUUAGUCACAGAGGCCCAGAUGCACAAGGGACAUGGAUCAGUAAAGAUCAGUUUGUUGGCCUCGGUCAUUGCCGACUGUCGAUCAAUGAUUUGACAUCUGAUGGUAACCAACCUAUUCAUAGUGACGAUGGAACGAUCCAUGCUGUGGUCAACGGUGAGAUCUAUGAUCAUGACAGAAUCCGCCAUGAAUGUCAGAGUCAAGGGUACAAGUUUAAGGGAAGUAGUGACAGUGAAGUGGUUCUUGCUCUGUAUAAAGCAUAUGGCGCCCCUAGAUUUUUCGAGCAUCUACGAGGCGAGUUUGCAUUUGUGCUUUAUGAUGAAAACACUGGCAAAGUCAUUUUGGGUCGGGACAGAUUCGGCAUAAAGCCACUGUUAUGGACGAUUGUUCACCAAGAAGAUGGAACCAGCAGGCUUAUUGUUGCACCAGAGGUCAAAGCUCUGUUGCCUCUUGGAUUGAAACCGCAAUGGGAUGUGGGCGCCAUCGUAGAUGGUGGGUGGAUGCAAGACGGUCGCUCGUUAUUCAAAGGUGUCAAGAAAGUACCCCCUGGGCACUGGAUGGAAAUUUCCAAGCAAGGUGUGAUGCAGAUUCACCAGUAUUGGGACGCCGAUUUCAAAGACAAGACAGAGAUUGAAACACGCAGUACAGAUGAAAUGGUUCAUGGUCUUCGAGAGAGAUUGAUUGAGGCUAUCCGCCUGAGACUUCGUGCGGAUGUCCCUAUUGGGAUCUACCUCUCGGGUGGCAUCGACUCGUCUCUGAUCGCUGGCAUUGUCACGCAUCUGGUAAGAGAAGAGGGCAUAAAGAUUGGCAACCAGGAUGCCGCGAGUCGCGUCAGCUGCUUUACGAUUGAGUUUCCCAAAGAAUCAGGUUUCGACGAAUCUGACAUUGCGGAACGAACAGCGGAGCAUCUUGGGGUGCAGAUUUCAAAGAUGCAGAUCAACGAAGAUGAACUUGCUAAUAACUUCGCAAACUGUGCAUACCAUUGCGAGCAUCACCACUUCGAUCUCAAUUCUGUGGGAAAGUACUGCUUAUCGUCUCUUCCUAAUCAAAAAGGAGUCAAAGUUGUUCUCACUGGCGAGGGUGCGGAUGAGCACUUCGCUGGAUACCCCUUUUUCCCGCCAGAUCUCCUGCGUGAACCGGACUUAUCUAUGCCAGAGUCUCCCCUUGUCACCGAUCCUGAACUUCGAAACAAUAUGCAAAAGGCAACUGAACGAGACAUUAAGUUCCUCAUUCCGCGAGCUGGAGCUUUUGAGCACGGGUGGGAGUCAACACCAGCAAUGAAACAGGUCAACAACUCAAUCCUCCCACCGUGUAUCCUGGCUUGGCAUCCGAAUUCAGGACUGUUUGCACCAUGGGUACGAGAUAGUGAGCGAUGGGCCAACCUUGAUUGCAAAGACGUCGUCGUCAAAUCGUUCAAACCGGUUAUACGACAAAAGAUGCAAGAGAAAUGGCAUCCGCUUCACACUGCACAAUACAUUUAUAGCAAAGGCCCACUUCCAAACAUCUUGUUGAGCUGUCUCGGCGAUUUGACAGAAAUGUCACACAGCGUCGAAGCCCGCACUCCGUUUCUUGAUCACCAUGUGACGGAAUACGUCAACAAUAUUCCUCCGAGUUUGAAGCUAGCAUAUACACCGAACAAGAUUCCGCCGGAGCGUCAUCAAGGUCCAUGGUGGGAAGGUAUUGGCGUAGCUUCCCAAGCUCUCACUGAGAAGUGGAUUCUUAGAGAAGCUGCGAAGCCAUUUAUUUUGAAAGAACUAUACGAAAGGCGCAAACAUGCUUUCACAGCACCCAUAGUCUGGCCGAAAGAUGGACCACUGCAUAGAAUGCUUCAGGAAACACUUACAAAGGAGAAGGUGGAGAAUCUGGGGUUUGUGGAUUAUGGCAAGGUGGAAGAUGCUUUGAACAGGGGGUUUGGUGAGAAGGCUGAUGUCAAAUCUUUCAGGGUCUUGCUUUUCGUGGCUGCUUGGGUAGUUAUUGGUGACCGAUUUGGAAUCCCCAAAGCCACUCACGAGGAUUGGAACUAA